AUGGGAAAGGCUACCAGUGCCCUCACGGCCUUCAUCCGAAAUAUACCGGAUGGUAAAUAUCCAGAUAUACCAGUGGCGAGCAUACAUUGCAUAGGGAUACCAAUUUCCGAUUGGACAAUCAAGGGGUAUGGCCAUGGAAUGGAACUCUUCCUCUCCUUUCCUAGUGAAGCCCCGUUUGAUGUGUUUAUCUUCCCCUUCUCUGAGCCUAGACCAGCUAAUUUUCUCACUACGGGUGAUCCUCAAUACUACAACCUGCAAGUUCAAAUCAACAACCAGACUACCAUUUCUACAUUGAAGCGAGUGAAAGGGGAGACCGUCACACACACCCUAGUCCCUGCCGAUGGGUCAUGGACCCCCGAGCAAAUCCGGCAGGCGCUUCUGGCCAAUACAUUGAUUUCAAUGACGGGAAUCCUAGGCCAAAUGUACACGGCUUUCCCAGAAGAGGGCGGAUAUCGAAGGGAUACAUGGAACUUACUUUUGGAGUGUUUCCAGUAG